UCCCGGUCUUCUACCGACGGUGGAAUCGGAAACACGCGGCUGAUAAUAAAUUCCACACCCCCCCCCGGGUGUCGCCCGAAACCUCCAUUUUUACCCCCAUUUCUCCCCUUUGAAACCGUAAAUCGCCUUCGAUUUCUCAUUCUCUGUCACCGGAAACCGCUUCCGGCGAUCGGAGAUCGCAGGGGGAUCUGGCGGCCGCCAUGGAUUUCGAGUGAUUGUUCUCAUAGAUGGAUCCUCCAGCGGUCUCAGAGGGAGAAGGGGGAGAGGGAGGAGGUGGAGUACGAGGGGGGAAGAGAGGUUUCCGGAUCCUGAUUCGAUGUUGUAUCAGUAUUUUCUUCUCCCUUAGCGCUUCUUUUUUGUUCGCCUUCGUGUUCGGCCUUGUGGCCUUGCUGAUCGAGAACUUCUCGGCUUCUUCUCCUGUCUCCGUCCGUUCGGCGUGCAAAAUUAUUUCCAGCAGUGUAGAUCUUAGGUCUUCCAAGGUAUGUGAACUUGGACUUUUGAAUUACAAGGCUGAGCAUGUAUUUUACCCUUCCGAGAAAAGAAGAUUUCGGUGUCACGAUGAUUACUACUGGGCUUCAGUUUUUGAGGUGGAGUACAAAGAAUAUUUUUCUGGUCAAAUAUUUCAUGCAGUGGCAGAGGCUCCAAAGCAGGCCCUGCCUCAUGACUGUAGGCCUAGUUUUAGCACAGCUUGGUUGACAAAAAUGAAGUACAAGGUCAAUGAAACAUACAGUUGCAGGUAUAUCCUCGGUAGCCAGAAAGCUGACCUUUAUUCCGAUGAUCUUUUCAAUUGCCAUUUGAAAGAGCCAUCAACUGCAGAGAUGAUCAGAAGGAUUUUUAUUCUCAGGUUCACCAGAUCGUGCUCCGAGAUAGGAAGCUCCGGACGCCAGAUGUUAUACACGGUGAUAGGAAUUGUGUCUGGUAUGUUAGUUUCCAUGUGUGUUGUCAUUGUAAUCAAAAGCGUUCAGGUCUUGGCCCUUGCCAUGGCGAAAAAGUGGGAUGCUAAUAAGCACCAAAUCAGGGUCUCUGCAUUUAGAUGUAGGAGGGCUUGUCUUUUUGUUGCUUAUUUCUUUGCCUUGGGAUGGCUAACCUUGCAGUAUGGCAAGAUGAUCGGCUUCAAACAGCUUUCUUUCAACUCCAUUAUUGGAGAGAGGUUAAUCUAAAAAAAGGUUAUUUAUAUGUAAUUUCUUCCUAUCAAACUACCAAAAUAUUUCUGUAUCCAUAAUGGUUCAAAAUAAUAGAAUUACGUCAAGUCAGCAUAACCGCACAA